AUGGUGAGGCCGAGAAAGACCAUCCAGGUGUGUCCUUUCACUCCCCAGGUGCUGGCAGUGAAGUUUCCACCCAACACGGGCACGCCCAGGGACAGGCACGGUGCCGAGGGGACAUCAGCUGCACGGCUGGACCCAGAAGCAGCCACAAGCAGUGGGCACAGAAGACCACGGCAGACCAGGUUCCUGCAGCUAGGGGACUGUGCUGAGGAGACGGUGACAACGGAAGAACGCCCAGGGAUGAUGUUCGAUGCGGCAACCACGUUGCUCCGGGCUGUGCUGAGGAUGCGGCGGGGGCAAGGGAAGCGAAAGGCCGAGCCCACGGAGCUGCCGGGCGGGUCUCGGAGGAGGAAGGAGGAAGAGGAGGCGGUGCGGGAGGCCCGGGGGAGGGCGGCCCCGUCCGUGCGGGAGUUCAAGUACAACAAAAAGCGGGUUCGCCUCGUCUCGCAGGGCUCGGACCUUAAGGAUGAUGCUCGGUGCAUCCUUUACUGGAUGUCCCGAGACCAGCGGGUGCAAGACAACUGGGCUUUCCUCUACGCCCAGCGCCUGGCCCUCAAGCAGGAGCUGCCUCUGCACGUCUGCUUCUGCCUCGUGCCCAGAUUCCUAGAUGCCACCAUCCGCCACUACGGCUUCAUGCUGAGGGGCCUGCAGGAGGUGGCCAAGGAGUGCACAGAGCUGAACAUCCCCUUCCACUUGCUGCUGGGCUAUGCCAAGGACGUGCUGCCCACCUUUGUGGCAGAGCAUGGUGUGGGUGGGCUGGUGACAGACUUCUGCCCCCUCCGUGUCCCCCGGCAGUGGGUGGAAGACGUCAAGGAGCGGUUGCCAUUGGAUGUCCCGUUUGCACAGGUUGAUGCCCACAACAUUGUGCCAUGCUGGGUCGCCUCCCCCAAGCAGGAGUACAGUGCCAGGACCAUCAGGGGCAAGAUCCAUGCUCAGCUCCCAGAAUUCCUCACCGAGUUCCCCCCCGUCAUUCGUCACCCAUAUCCCCCCUCCUGCCCGGCAGAGCCCAUUGCGUGGGAGGCCUGUUAUUCCAGCUUGCAGGUGGACCGCACCGUGAAGGAGGUGGAGUGGGCAACCCCCGGCACAGCUGCAGGGCUGGCUGUGCUGCAGUCCUUCAUCAAGGAGCGGCUGAAAUCCUUCGGGUCCCACCGAAAUGACCCCAACAAGGCAGCACUCAGCAACCUGUCCCCAUGGUUCCACUUUGGCCAGAUUUCCACCCAACGAGCCAUCUUGGAGGUGCGGAAGCACCGGGACAAGUACAAGGAGUCAGUGGACGCGUUCAUGGAGGAAGCCGUGGUGCGGCGGGAGCUGGCUGAAAACUUCUGCUACUACAAUGAGAACUAUGACAGCGUGCAAGGUGCCUACGACUGGGCGCAAACCACCCUGAAUCUGCAUGCCAAAGACAAGAGGCCUUUUCUCUACAAGCUGCAGGAGCUGGAGCAGGGGGCCACACAUGACCCGCUCUGGAAUGCUGCCCAGCUCCAAAUGGUCCGGGAGGGCAAGAUGCAUGGCUUCCUACGGAUGUACUGGGCCAAGAAGAUCCUGGAGUGGACCCGCUCCCCCGAGGAGGCCCUGCAGUUUGCCAUCUACCUCAAUGACCGCUACGAGCUGGACGGGAGGGACCCCAACGGAUACGUAGGCUGCCUCUGGUCCAUCUGUGGCAUACACGACCAGGGUUGGGCAGAGCGGGCCAUCUUCGGGAAGAUCCGCUACAUGAACUACGCCGGCUGCAAGCGCAAGUUCGACGUGGGCCAGUUCGAGCGCCGCUACGCUCCCUGCCCCCUGCCCCAGUGA